AUGACUAUCUCCCACUACGGUGUCUGGGCUUGCACCCCCACCAGCUACGAAGCCCAGACCACAAAGGAAGACCCCAAGUCCCCCCACAUCUACCUCCACUUCACCGACGAUUCCUCGUCCAGCAAGAGUCUCGAGGCUGCUAUCAACGUCAAGUCCACUGACAAGGAUACCCGUCUGGUGUUCUGGCUCAACCGAAACUUCACACACUCCAUCACCGAGCAGCUCUCCAACCUGGACCUCGGCUUCCACCUUACUUCGUCGCCGAGCUCCAGCAACCCCAGCAAUUCCAGCAACAAGACCGAAAGCAAGCACCACAAUAACCGCCGUCACCACCGACAUGCCCGCCGCGACCAGGUAGCUACCCUCCAAGGCCUGGAUUUUGUUCGCACAAAGGGUCUGGUGGAUAUUCAGCAAGGAGAGAUUCUGGGCAGCGAUGGUUCCGAUGCUAGUAUUUUGGCUCAGCUGGACCCGAUCAUCUCUGAUGCCAUCAACAAGAAGGCCACUGCUUAUAUCUUUGGUUCAUCUUAUGGGUCUGGAAUUCAUGAUGUCCACAUGAACCAGGGUAGCUUGCCUAGCUACUCUAAUGGUAUCUACGAGGAUGGUGCAUUGUUGUUUAAGUUUGAUGAUGGUCACUGGGAGGCUGUUUUCCUGGCUUUUGCCUCGCAGAAGAUCCCUACUGAUGAUGACGGAGAGUCCACUUCUGACAGCAAGUCGCUGGCUUCUAUUCUGGGUGCUAGCGAGUAG